UGGCCGCGAUAAAAAUUUGUGGACGCCGGUUUUCGGAAGGCGUUGUUUAGGGUUUCUCCGACCUGCGGUUAAUGAACGUCCUCAGCCCAGCUGGAGCUCGACAUUCAGAGGAUAAAGGGGAAUUGGGUCGGUUGAGUGUCUUGGAAAGGGUCAAUUGUGUUCUUACAGGCUGGUGGAUUCUAUAGAUGGGCAGGAUAAUCGCGUUUCCCACGCGACGGGCAGCAAAAGCUCUCUCGUUUCGCCAGUUCAGCACCGCUGCUCCACCAACUUCCCGCAACGUACCGGAACAGCUACGGGACGCGCCCCAGACAAUAUUCAGCGGUAUCCAGCCCACAGGAAUUGCUCAUCUGGGCAACUACCUCGGCGCACUGAGCGCCUGGGGCCGGCUCUGCGCGCGGUCUCCGCCUUCGACGCGUCUCAUUUUCUCGAUCGUCGAUCUGCACGCGCUCACGGUUCCGCCGCCGGCGGACUUGCUGCGGGAGUAUAAGCGGCAGUGCGCGGCUAUGAUUAUUGCCUCGGGCGUUGAUCCGAAGAAGUGUGUGCUGUAUGUGCAGAGCGCUGUACCGGCGCAUGCUGAAUUAUGCUGGAUCCUCACCUGCAUGGCGGAGUUUGGAUAUCUGAGUCGUAUGACUCAGUGGAAGAGCAAAUUGAAUAUCGCAGACGACGCUUCGACAAAUAACCGCGAAGCCCAGAAGAAUCUCAAGCUAGGCUUAUUUGCCUAUCCUGUUCUGCAGGCCGCAGAUAUCCUUCUCUACCAGACAAACUUGGUGCCGGUCGGUGACGACCAGGUGCAGCAUUUAGAGCUUACGCGACAUAUCGCAGAUCGCUUUAAUGCCCGACACAAAGUUGACGUGUUUAGAAUCCCCGAAGUCCUCCUCACACCCACCCCGCGCAUCAUGUCCCUCAAGAAUCCCACAAAGAAAAUGUCGAAAUCAGAUCCCACGCCCGCGACGCGGAUAAUGAUCUCCGACACCACCGACCAGAUCGCAAAGAAAAUCCGCGGCGCCGUGACCGAUAGUAUAACCGGCAUCACGUACGAGCCCGUGUCCCGCCCCGGCGUCGCCAACCUGAUUGACAUCGUCGCCGGCAUCCUGGAGCAGCCGCAGGCCGAUGUGGCGGAGCAGUACGCGAGUAUGACGCAUGGCGAGUUCAAGGCUGCGGUGACGGAUGUUGUGUGUGCGGAGAUGGCGCCAGUUAGACGGCGGUUUGAGGAGUUGAGUGCGGAUCCGGAGUAUAUCGAUCUUGUGUUGAAGAAGGGCGCUGAGAAGGCGAGUGAGAUUGCGCAGAUUACUUUGGAUGAGGUGAAGAAGACAAUUGGUCUUUUAUAGAUACAUGUAUAUAGAUAUCACAACUCUUAAUAAAUAAUAUAAUUUACUAUA